AUGGAUGUCCAAAAAGUCUUCCACAUGAAUGAGGGAGCUGGUGAGAGUAGCUAUGCCCAAAAUUCUUCCCUUCAGAGAGGUCUGAAUCAUGUUGACAAAGGUAAUGCAUUCUUCUGGGGACUACUGUCUCAAUCCUUCUUCAUUUUAGUUUCUCCGGUGGGAGAAAUUGAGAGGGAAAAGCUUGAUUCUUAUGAAGUUCAUAUCUAUGCACCAUCCAAAGAUGAAUUACAAGACGAAGUGAGAAGACAGGGUUCUUUUGAAAUGAACAGGCUCGAAUUGUUUGAAAUAGAAAGUGAUUCUGAGCAUGGUUCGACCUAUGGAAUGACUGUUGCAAUGACAGGAAGAUUGGUGGAUGAAGAAAUGGCUAUAGAAGAGAUCAAGCCAAUAACUUUCGUUGUUGUCCUCAGAAAAUUAUGA